GAUCAACACAACAUAAAUACAGUAGCAGUGACAUUUCUGUGAAUUGGACACAUUUUGCUGUAUCUCGACACCGAUCAAAAGCAAAUUACAGCCAUGGCGACAAAGGUUGGAGGUCCAUCCCAGGUGAAGCAAGCCACACCCGAGGUGCAGAAGAUCUGCGAUGAGGUCAAACAUCAGGCAGAAGAGAAGGCAGGGAAGAAGUUUGAUGUUUUCGUUGCCAAAUCUUUCACCACUCAGGUUGUGGCUGGAACCAACUACUUUAUCAAGGUAAAUGUAGGAUGUGAUCAAUUCGUUCAUCUGAGGGUUCAUAAGUCGCUUCCUCACAGUGGACAACAACUCCAGGUGCAGGGGAUCCAGACGUCUAAAACUCAACAAGAUCAUAUUGAAUACUUCUAACACAUGCACACAGAUAAUAAAAUGCCAUACUGUUUACAGAAUAGGCUGAUGUAUGUGAUAUACUCAAAAAAUGCUGUUACAAAAGCUUUAUUCAAUUCUACACCAUAGAAUGAUCUCCAGUCCAGUGCCUACUGUAUGUAAAUGAUUUUUAGAAGACCAGCACAUCUUUGUUUAUUUUUACAAACAUUGUAUUGUGGUGAGAUAAUUGCAUCAUCAUUCCAUAUCUGUUAUAUAAAAAAGUGGAAAUUCUAAAAUAAAGGGAAAUAAAUUUCUUAUAUUCAAA